GAUCUGAGUUCCCCACUUACAAUCCCCAACCAGCCCACCGCGAGGGCUACCGACCAAAUCCAUCCCCUUGACUGACCCCGCGACCUUUCCACAGUAGCCCACCCGAGGACGGAGAGAGCGAGAGAGAGACGGAGGGGGAAAAGAACACACACAAAAACAACCCAAAAUGGGCAAAGCACCCCGCGCCUUCCUCGCCCAGCGCGUCUACCAAACCGCCGAAUGGCGGAUCCGAGCCAACGUCACCUCCCCCCGAGUCCCCGGUUCCAAAUUCGUGCCCGCACCCGCAGCAUGGGUCGAAGCGGUACGCUUGAUCCCGCCCGCCGAGAUCCUGACCCGAACCUACCCCGUGCAGCACACACCCCCAAAGGAGAUACGGCGCGGCGGGCGCGUGGCUCCCGGCCUGUACCGCCCGACACGCAUCGUGCACCCAGAGGACCGCCUGCGCCAGGAGUUUUUCCGCGACCACCCCUGGGAGCUGGCGCGGCCGCGGCUGGUGCUUGAGCUUGACGGCCAGGAUGCGAGAGACAGGGAUUGGAGUAAGGGAUUGGUCCAGCCGGGGAUGGCGCUUAGUGGUGAGAGCGUCGUCCAGCGCUGGCUGUGGCUCAUGGAGGCCAAGGGGCUGCCCAAGAAGCAGGCGUACGACGUGGCGCGCAAGGAGUUUUACAAGCUGCGGCAGCAGGAGGAGAUUGAGCGGCGGGUGGCCGUCGAGGAGGCGCGCAUGUACGGCGGGUAUUUCGGCAUGAGCGAUCUGCAGGUCGGCAUGCAGCUCGAGGACGAGACGUACGAGAGCUGGAAGAAGUGGGCCGCUGAGGAGAUCGCCAAGAGGGAUGCUGAGCAUGACUCGCUUUACAGCUCACCCGUGGAUACGGAGGCUGCUGAGGAUAUCGAUGUGGAGGAGGUGGCUGCUGCUGUAUAAGGAAGGGCAGCGUUGGGGGGAGGAUGAAAUCUGGUCUUGCGGUCUGUCUGGCCGACUGACUUGGGCUGAACUGGGAGGGGCGGCAGCGCCCUCUCGUGUAUCAUAUAUAAAACUGUGUUUACGGUAGAUCAGGGGCCAUGUACUGUACACAAUUCAGGGUUUCUAUAAGCUGACUUUCAGAUGGGUUUCUUUCUAGUAUGGAGCGGGGAUUCUAGACCU